GGGCCGUAGUUAGGAAAUCUUGAUGGAGCUGCGCUGAGCGUAAACCCUUGGCGGACUGUGGGCCCAGGGACCUGGCCCUGGCUGCCGUGGCCCGGACGAGCUGAGAGUGCGGAUUGGCUUUGGGUUUUAAAGGGAGAACCCUGGCAGCGUUGCCCGCCUCUCGGGUAGGACCCGAUCCAGCCUUCCGGGCCUGGGACCCAGCGGACGCUUUUGCGGCUGUCCCACCGACCUGCUUUUGGUCGCAGACAGCUGGGUGGAGCGGAUGUGCGGGCUGCAGCUGGACAGCCCUCUCCCUGUCUCUUUAAGCCCCUACCCGCGUCUUCUAGUCCCUUCCUCGGGCUUCCGGAACGCUGACGUGAAGCAUUUCGCUCAGAACUGCCAUGGAGAAGUUUGGGAUGAAUUUCGGGGGCGGCCCGAGCAAAAAGGACCUGCUGGAGACCAUAGAGACGCAAAAGAAACAGCUCCUCCAGUACCAGGCACGGCUCAAGGAUGUGGUCCGCGCCUAUAAAAGCCUCCUGAAGGAGAAAGAGGCAUUAGAAGCCAGCAUCAAGGUGCUGUCGGUGUCCCACGAGGCAGAUGUGGGCCUCACAGGUGUCCAGCCUCCAGGCCUCCCCUUUCCUGACUCUGUAGAUGACCGGUGCUCCACUCACAGCGAGGAUAGCACUGGCACUGCCACCAGCUUGGAUACUGCAGCCAGUCUCACCAGCACCAAGGGUGAGUUUGGGAUAGAGGAUGACAGAGCUGCCCGUGGACUACCACUUCCAAAGUCUGAAGAGGCCAGUGGGUCAGAGAGUGGUGUUAGCAGUAGCAGUGGGGAUGGGCCAUUUGCAGGUGGGGAGGUGGACAAAAGACUGCACCAGCUGAAGACUCAGUUGGCUACUUUGACCAGCUCUUUGGCUACAGUCACCCAGGAGAAGUCCCGCAUGGAGGCUUCUUACCUGGCUGACAAGAAGAAAAUGAAACAGGACUUAGAGGAUGCCAAUAAAAAGGCAGAGGAGGAGAGGAGCCGUCUGGAGGGAGAAUUGAAGGGGCUGCAGGAGCAGAUAGCAGAAACCAAAGCCCGACUUAUCACACAGCAGCAUGAUAGGGCCCAAGAGCAGAGUGACCAUGCCUUAAUGCUUCGUGAGCUCCAGAAAUUGCUGCAGGAGGAGAGGACCCAGCGCCAGGACUUGGAGCUUCGGCUAGAAGAGACGCGAGAAGCCCUGGCAGGGCGGGCAUAUGCAGCUGAACAGAUGGAAGCAUUUGAAUUGCAGACCAAGCAGCUGACCCGUGAAGUAGAGGAGCUGAAAGGUGAGCUGCAGGCUGUUCAAGAUGAGAAGAAUCAGCCAGACCCUCGGCUGCAAGAACUUCAGGAAGAGGCUGCCCACCUUAAGAGCCAUUUCCAGGCUCAGUUGCAGCAGGAAAUGAGAAAGACAGCCCUUGCAGAGGAUCAACUCCGUCAGCAAUCUCAGGUGGAAGAGCAGAGGGUAGCAGCCCUGGAGAAUCAAAUAUCUGAAGUGUCUGAGCUGCUGGGCACCUACGAGAAAGCCAAGCAGAAGGACCAGCUGACCAUCCAGAAGCUGAAAGAACGUGUUCUGCAGCUGGACCUGGAGAAUAAGACAUUGGCUCUAGCAGCCUCCAGCCGUUCCUCUCUAGAUAGCCAUGGAGAGGAGUCCAGUCUGGAUGUCAAUGUCCUGAAGGAUAAGAUGGAAAAGCUGAAGAGGCUGUUGCAGGUUGCAGCCAGGAAAAGCCAGGUGACCUUGGAUGUGGAGAAGCUCUGUGAUCUGGAGAUAAUGCCCAGCUCAGAGGCUGCCGAUGGGGAGAAGGCUACUGCACUCUACUACCAACAGGAGCUGAAACAGCUGAAGGAAGAGUUUGAGAGGUAUAAGAUGAGGGCCCAGGUUAUUCUCAAGAGCAAGAAUACCAAAGAUGGUAACUUGGCAAAAGAGCUGGAGGCAGCCCAGGAACAGCUUGCCGAGUUGAAAGAGAAGUACAUCUCUUUGCGGCUGUCCUGCGAAGAACUUGAACACCAGCACCAGCAGGAGGCUGAGAACUGGAAGCAGGAGCUGGCCCAGCUGCAGCAGCUCCACCGGCAGGAGCUGGAGCGAAGUCAGCUGGACUUCAGGGACCGCACACUGAAGCUGGAGGAAGAGCUGCACAAGCAGCGGGACCGUGCCCUGGCUGUCCUUGCUGAGAAGGACUUGGAGCUGGAGCAACUGCGUUCUAUGGCCUUGUCCUCUGGGCUGCCAGGACGCAGAAGCCCUGUGGGUGGCGGGGUUCCUGGGGACCCAGCUGAUACAUCUUCCCCAGAUAGCUUGACCCAAGCACUACAUCUUGCUGCAGCCAGUGAGCCCACUUUCUUCCUAUAUGCUGAGCAGUUGGCCCGCAAGGAGGUGGAGAUCACAUCGCUGAAGAAGCAGAAGCACAGGCUGGAAGUGGAGUUGCACCAGCUGCAGGACCGACUGCUGGAGGAGGGGGAGCGGCACCGUGAGGAGGUUGGAGCCCUGCAGAGCCACAUUGAAAAGAAUAUCAGGGAUCAGAGCAGGGAGGGAGCCAACCUGGAGUACCUCAAAAACAUCAUCUACCGCUUCCUGACCUUACCUGACUCUCUGGGCCGCCAGCAGACUCUCACAGCCAUACUGACUAUCUUACACUUCAGUCCAGAGGAGAAACAAGUGAUAAUGCGGCUGCCAACCAGUGGUAGUUGGUGGCUGUCUGGCAAGAGAUGAUGCCAUUUUCAUUAACUCUUGAAAUUUCUGUGCCUCUUUUAUGUGGGAAGGGGGCAGGCUCUGAUUUUUACUGCCUAUUCUGUUGGAUUAUCAUUUAUUUCUUCAUUGUGUGGAAUUGGGAGGAGUCUUCACUGUGGGAUGGGAUGUUCUGCCAAAUGCCAUUAAUGCUGCUUUAGCUUUCGGCUCUUAAAGAUACUGAAAGUGUUGGGAUGGCAUCUUGGGAUGGAGUGUAUGUGAGAGGAAGAGGGGAGAGAGGUUGGGACUUAGAGGUGGAAAAGCUGAGGAUGUAGUAAGAAUCUUUUAAAAUAUUUUUUUGUUUUAAUAUUAUGCUCUUAGCACUUUUAAGCUAGGAGUAAACGUGACUCCAAAGGGAGUUUGGACUAUUUCAGAACACGCACAAGAGUGGCUAAUUUCUCCAUCUCAUCACAAUCAGAGGUUGGCCCAUUGCUGCCCCAAUUCUCUGGGGACAAAGCCAGGCUGAAAAGGGACCAGGAAGUUUGAAAUAGUGACAAAUUAUUUACUAGUACAAAGGGCCAAGGAAUAGUGAGUUCAUUCUGGAACCAGGAAGCUUGGUCUAGUUAGGACCUGGGGACGAUCUAUGCUGUCUAGACUAAACAUACCACUUGUGACCUUCCUAGAGAGGGCUCUGAGCACCACUUUGAUCUUAGGGAUUUCCUGGGUGAUCGGCUUUUGGCCCAGAUAGGGUUAAAAUAGGCCUCUUGCUUUUCCCUGCCUUAACUUGUCUGCGUAAGAUUGGCUUGAGAUUGUGAGUGAAUGACUGCUGUCUUUUCUUCAAAGUUGAAAUUUCAUUAAGAAAUAAGAUCCAAGGUUCUUACAGAGAGGAGUUUGAACAGUAAGCUCUGAUCCUGCCUGGAUAUAAGGAACUAGUGCAGAGAUUUGCUCCCAGCUACUUCUGCCUUUGUAGUGACAGGGAAGAGGAGGACGAUUCCAAAAUUUUGUUCUUACGGUGAAGUGGUGGAGGUUCAGCUGAAGCUGGGCUGGGUGCCUUUCUGCCCUCUGGUUCUUGGCAUAAGCAGUUAACUCUGCUCUUUAAGGAAAGGCAACAUAUUAUUCAGGCAGUCUGGAGGAGGUUGUCAAAAAACUUAGGUUCAAACAGUAUCAGUCAGUGUCUCUGUUCUUUCUCCCAUCUGCUCUUACUGUUCAUACAGGUUUUUGGACAAGAAAGGAAAAUGCUUGGCUACUAACUGGAUUAAUGUAUAUCUUUCUGUUAUUUUAUCAUAGUGGUCUGUUUUAGAGGGUUUGAAGUACACCCAAAUUUGAUUAAAUGUUCUGAAUGAGAGGGUAGGUACCUGGAAUAUUUACAGUGAGCAAGCUUAAAUGGAACAGAAGACGGGUUCAAAUGAUGAUAUAUAAACUAUGAAACAUCAGA